UGCUGAAUCGUGGCUGCAGUCACAUGACUGCGCUGCGCUUCGGUCGAAAAGUGCGGAAGAAAGCAAUGAACAGAAGCUGUACCUGCAGGGGGGGAAAAAAAGCAGAAGAGAAAGCUGGACUUUCCAACAACAGGAAAGGACGGAGAUGCAGAGACCAUUCAGAGAACUGAGCUGAGAACCCAGAGUGAGUCAAUUGUAGCAUCCUUUUUUUUUUUAAUAUUUGACGGGGAAGACGUUUCUGGUCCAGAUGAAGUGCUUGCUGAUAGCCAGUGAGAGUGCCGAGGUCCUCUUCCAUUGGAGUGACCGGGAAUAUCGCCAGAGUAUCCAGGAGAAAUAUGGGGUCUCCCAGGAGGAAGGCGAGGGGCUUCCUGCCUUUGAGGACAUCUUGAGUACUUUGUUUGCUCCCAUCAUCAUCUCCUGCAGCACCUUGGAGGACAGCUACACCUCUUUCACCACUGAGAACAACCACAUCUACGUCCUACACCAGUUCGACGAGUGUCUCUACAUCGCCGUGAACGGGGACGGCGAAGAGAAGGAGGACGACCUGAGGAGAAAGCUGUACGUGCUGAAAAAGAUGGUCGAGGUCAUGUUCGGCAUGGUGACGCUCAGCGGGAACCUCCUGAGGAAAGAACUGCGGCCUCAGGACACGGAGCAGAGAGCGAGGCUGUGGAAGUAUCUGCAGAGCCUGCUGGAUACCUACAGCCUCCUCCGGGAGAACGACCAGAGCUUCUUGGUGGAGGCGGUGGAGCGGUUGAUUCACCCGCAGCUCUGUGAGCUAUGCAUAGAGUUCCUGGAGCGCCGCCUGGUCCAGCAGCUCAACAGCAGUGUGGAGCGAGCGGGAGAGGAGGUUCUGCACGCCUUCGUCCUCGUUCACACCAAGCUGCUCGCUUUCUACUCCAGCCGCAAUGCGAGCAUCCUCACCCCCUCAGACCUGCUGGCCCUCAUCGUCAUGGCACAAAAUAUGUAUCCCAGCAAUGUAGAUCUGGACGACAUGAGUCCAGAGGAUGCUGAUAGCACAUCCGGCUCUGGUCCUGAAACGUUUUACACACCAGAGCCUUCCCCCUCCAGUAGAAGCUCCAGUAGCUCAGAGAAAGCUGGCCGAGGAGAAACUCCUGUGUUUCAGUUUGUGGACCCAGAAAUCCAGAUGGCAGAGGACAGCUUGCACACUCUGGAAAUUAACCCACCGGACCCCGCGAGCCCUCGGAGAGUUUUCCUCGAGGUGUUGCACAAAGAUGGGCUGUAUCCCAUGAUGCCUCACUCCAUGUACUGCCUCUCACUGUGGCCAGGCAUCACACUAGUGCUGCUCACCAAGAUUUCCUCCAGUGCACUGGCCAUCUCGGUGUAUAAGUACUUGGAGGACUUUGACAAGCUGGAGAAACGUUUACACGAAGGCCAUGGAGGUCCCGCUUCAGCCAGAAGCCCUCUGAAUAUGCAGGACAUCCGCUCCAAAAUGGACAAAUUCAUCAAAUCUUUGGAGCCCCAUGACUUACAGUAUGCGCAGUUACAAAAUGUCUGGGCAGAGUUCAAGAGCCGAGCCUUUUCCAGAGCAGGUUCUGGAUUCAACAAAGAUCUCAUCCCGUGGUGUAAAAACAUGAAGACCCAGUUGUGUGGAAUAUACAGGCAGUGUUUCCUGACUGAUUCUUUGUCUGCUGAUGUUACUCAUCGUCUCUCCGCUGGUCUGCAGGAACGAGCCCAGGCUAUGGUUCGAGAGAAACUGGUGGACUGGAAGGACUUUCUGUUGGUUAAAAGCAAAAGGAACAUAACCAUGGUGUCUUAUCUGGAGGAUUUCCCAGGCCUCGUCCAUUUCAUCUGCGUGGACCGAGCAACCGGCCAAAUGAUUGCUCCGUCACUCAGCAUCGCAGAGCGCACUACGUCGGAGCUGGGGAAGGGACCUGUGGCUAAUUAUAUUAAAAACAAGGUAUGGGCCUUGGUCAGGACAACCCGCCGCUAUCUGCAGAAGGGUUAUUCCACCGUCACACUCCGUGAUGGAGAUUUCUAUUUCUGCUACUUCCUCUGGUUUGAGAAUGAAACGGGAUACAAGUUGCAGCCAGUGGACAUACCAGUGCUAGCUGAUGACUCUCCACCCAUUGGGAUGCUCGCCUAUGACUACUACAGUAGGCUGCUGAAGUACUACAACAAGAACCACAAGGGGGAGAAUGUGAAGUGCUAUGAGCUGCUGACCGUCCACCUGGGGGUCAUCCCCACAGAGAUCAUCCUCCAGCACUGCAGGCAACUCGCAAGCAAACUGUGGGAACCCUCACGCAAUCCGCUGCUGUAGGAAGAUCAUUACACUCAAACUUGGAGACAAAGGUUUCAAUCCAUUGUUCCGUCAGGAGUAAGGAAGAAAAGCAGAACCCACAUAUCUGCCUGGCAGUUUCCUACUCUUUGUUUUUGUUUGUUUGUUUUUUUUUUUUUUUUUUUUGGUAUUUUGUGUUUGAAGUUCUCCAAAUUAUUUAUCAGAAGCACUUUUUCAAUUAGCACAGACAACCGCUGUGACUUUAAUCGACCCCAUCAAGUUUGCAUUUUUGGAAAAUUUGUUUCCUAUUGAUUAGUCACACACAUGUAUAGAAGCAUUGUAACUUUUUUCACCCUUUUAAAGUUUACAGCAUUUGUACUUUACAAAUGAACAUACUGUACCUUUAAUGGGACUUAUAUAAAUGAACAAUCCAACAAGUA